AUCGUAACUUUACCACUUUCCAUCUACCAUUCAUCGUUCACCGACCACCCUACCAGCUACCACACUUCACGAUAACCCACAAAGGCCUCCACAUAGGCUCUAUUUCGGGUAUAUUACGCUUUAAUCUGUCUACAUUUUACGUCGUCGCAAUAGUUAGGAAACCAUGGCGGACGCUGCCCUGAAGCCCGAGAAGGACUUCAGCAAGGAAGCUGACACACAGAUCCCCGACGCAGAGAAGCUCGCCAAGAAUGAUAUCCAAGCAGCUAUUGAGAAGCUGACCGUGUUCGAGAAGCAAACCCGUCAGGCUUCCGACCUUGCAUCCACAUCCAGAACACUCAUUGCCAUAUGUACGAUCUGCAAGGAUGCCGGCAACUGGAGUUUACUCAAUGACCAGGUCUUGGUCCUUUCCAAGAAACAUGGCCAGCUUAAGCAGGCUAUCACCAAGAUGGUCCAGACUGUCAUGGGUUUCCUCGACGCCACCCCGAACCUGGAUACCAAACUUACCGUCAUCGAAACACUACGUACCGUAACCGAGGGCAAGAUCUUCGUCGAAGUUGAGCGUGCUCGCGUGACUAGAAUUCUGUCCGACAUCAAGAAGCAACAAGGCGACCUCAAGUCUGCUACGGACAUCCUUUGUGAAUUGCAAGUCGAAACCUUCGGAUCGAUGGAGAGACGUGAGAAGACCGAGUUCAUACUUGCUCAAGUCGCGCUAUGUAUUGAGAACGGCGAUUGGACGCAGGCUAUGAUUCUUAGCCGCAAGAUCAGUACCCGGUAUUUGUCGCGGAAGCCCAAGAAGACGCCAGAACAGAUCGAAAAAGACAAAAAGGCCAGAGAAGAGAAACUGAAGCGCGGGGAAGAGGUGCCUCCAGAGCAAGAGGAUGAUACUACCGACUUAAAGUUGGCCUAUUAUGAACAGCAAAUUACUUUGGCAAAGCACGAUGACAAAUAUCUCGAUGCUUGCAAACACUACAGACAAGUAUUAGAUACUGAAGCCGUUGAGGUAGACCCCUCAAAACUACAACCUGUUCUGCAACGUAUUAUUUACUUCGUCAUCCUUGCUCCUCACGACAACGAGCAGCACGAUCUUCUCCAGCGCAUCUUCCGCGAUACACGAAAUUCUCAGAUCCCUGUUGACGCAUCAUUGCUUAAAUUGUUCACGGUGCACGAGCUUAUGCGAUGGCCCGAGGUCGCCAAGCAAUACGGCCCUCAUCUAUGCGGGACCGACAUUUUUGACGAGCGUCCGAACCAAUCUAAGGAUGACAAGGCCCACCAGCGAUGGCAGGACCUGCGCAAACGUGUGAUCGAGCACAACGUCAGAGUAGUUGCCAAGUACUACACUCGAAUUGGCAUGAAGCGUCUCACUCAACUACUUGACCUGACAGAGGACGAGACGGAGAAAUAUAUCAGCGAGCUAGUAUGCUCCAAGACAGUCUUCGCCCGUAUUGACCGACCGGCUAGUAUAGUCAGCUUCGCCAAGCCUAGAGACGUCGACGAUAUCCUCAACGAGUGGAGCCAUAAUAUGAAGAGUCUACUCGGCCUAUUGGAACGUGUGGAUCAUCUCAUCACCAAAGAAGAGAUGAUGGCCAGAAUCCAGCCCGGCGCAAAGGAAGGCAAGGAAAAGAAGGGAAAGAAGAAGGCGUAAGGGGGAUUGAUGCUUUACGAGGACUCGGUCUUAGGGGAGUAAUUCUUUCGGAGCUGGUGACGGCUUGGAAUGUUUCGACAGGCACAGCACAGCAAAGGUUUGCAUCAAAAGGCAUGCGAAUGUACAUUACCUAGAUUAGGUUUAGGAGGCACGGAAUGCCCGUGUAAAACCGGAUUGGCCUUC